AUGGUUGGCGUAUUACUAUCACAACUAAUCACUGAUGACAAGAAUUUGCCGCUCAAGAGUGGUAUCCCCUCAUUAGAUGAACAUUUGAACGGCGGGUUUGCAAGAAGGUCAAUUUAUGAAAUAUUUGGCCCGCCUGGUAUUGGGAAAACAUUGUUUGGCAUUCAAUUGAUCAACGUCAAUUUUCAUGCUGGUGGUGAGAAAGUUCUCUGGAUAGACUGCAACAAAGCCAGUCCGAUGAGUUGUAUUGAUAGCGGUAGUGAACGUAAUGUAUCGCACGUAUUCAUUCAUAAAAUUUCUGAACUGUUAAUAUUCUUACAGAACUUGAUGCUACCGGAUAACGAGUACCCGCCAUAUUCCCUCAUUAUUGUGGAUGGAUUUUCGCAGUUAUUGAACAACAAUCUGAAUGUGAUUAGCAAAAGAAGGGAAAAGUACGAUCCCUUCUACUUACACACUGUGAAAUGCAAGAACUUGGUGUUACUGUUAAGCAAGAUGACCAAAUACGCGCACAUCAACAACAGUACUAUACUUCUUCUCGACGACUCUAUGAAUACCACAUACCAACAGCACUUGCUCUCGGCGUUAGAUAACAGCACGCUAGGAAUUGUUGCUGAUGGAAGCAAUUUUUUUGUCUCUGACUCUGCGGCAAUCGCGCAACGUCGGAGGAAUGUGCACACUUUGAAGAGUGCCCUGGUGGCCAACGCUGGGAUGGGGAACAAAGAUUCCAAAUGGGAAAUAUUCCUGAAGUAUCGUAUCGGCCUGUUUUGGGACUUCCUCAACAAGAAAUCCUACAUGAAAAAGGGGAGCAACAAGCUCUAUAGAACCCGAGUAGCUAUAGUAUACGACCUGCAUGGUAACAAUGCAGAGAGGGGCAAGUCUCCACGAGACGGCGAGACAAACUCAAACGGGAAGAGACCGAGGAUAUGGGGCAAUUCUACCCCUGUUCCCCAAUACAACUCCGAGGACCAUGUGGUUGUCCCCUUCCAGUUUCCCCUCGCUUACGGGCAACAAGAACAAGAACAAGAACAACGGGAGUCGACCCCACCUGAUCUUCAGGCCGCAAACUUGCAACAGGCGGCACCCUUACAUUCUCCCCUGACGCAUCCAACAGUUCUAACCUCUUUCCAGAAUUCUGUGUCCAGCAGUUUGCAACUAUCCUCCUUCACAACCAACUCCUCCACCUCCCCCACGUCAGCAUCCCCGACAGACGACCACCACCUGUUUCCCUCAGCGAACGCUGCCGAUGACGUGGCUUACGAUAGCGACGUCUAG